GACAGACCCUCUUGUGAUCCUCGCGGUCUGGAGCUGGACCCGGACCCCGAUCAGUCUCAACUCCUUUACUUGUUUUUUAUUUGCAGCUGAAGUUUAUUUUGGAUUUUUCUUUUUUUUAGCCUCCGGAUCGAGGUUGAGAUGGACUUUAAAUCCAGAGAAGACCGGGUUCUGGUUUAGUUGUAGUCCGGAUCCUCUCUCUCUGUACCAGGUGCUGCGGGGCCCCUAAAGACCCUCCAGAGACCCGGUCCAGUGGUCCCGGAUCGUCCAGAAGAGCAGCGGUAUAAUGUUAGCGGUGGGUCCGAUGGACGGGUCCCGACAAAGCGCCUUCCUGCUCAGCACGCCUCCUCUGGCGGCUCUGCACAGCAUGACUGAGAUGAAGACCCCUCUGUACCCGGCCUACCCGCUCUCCUCCACCGGACCCAACUGCUCCACGUCACCGGCCACCACCUCUCCCAACCCAGGCGGCAUGGCGGUGUCCUCCCCGGGGAUCAAGAGCUCCUCCUCGGGUCUCAUGUCUCCGCAGCUCGGCUCCUCCGCGACCCCGCACGGAAUCAACGACAUCCUGAGCCGGCCCUCGGCGGCGCUGCUCGGGGCCACGGUCGCGGUGUCCGCCGCGUCCUCCUCCUCUGCGGGGCUUCUGUCCGGUCUCCCCCGGUUCAGCAGCCUCAGUCCUCCGCCUCCUCCUCCCGGACUUUACUUCAGCCCCGGAGCCGUGGCCCGAUACCCGAAGCCUCUGGCGGACCUGCCGGGCAGGACGCCGAUCUUCUGGCCGGGAGUCCUGCAGAGUCCGCACUGGAGGGACGCGCGGUUUGCGUGUUCACCGCAUCACAACUCCAUCCUUCUGGACAAAGACGGGAAGAGGAAACACACGCGGCCCACCUUCUCCGGGCAGCAGAUCUUCGCUCUGGAGAAAACCUUCGAACAAACAAAGUACCUCGCGGGGCCCGAGAGGGCGAGGCUGGCCUACUCCCUGGGCAUGACGGAGAGCCAGGUGAAGGUGUGGUUCCAGAACAGGAGGACUAAGUGGAGGAAGAAGCACGCGGCGGAGAUGGCCACCGCGAAGAAGAAGCAGGACUCGGAGACGGAGCGGCUGAAGGGGACGUCGGACAUCGAGGACGAGGACGAGGACUACAACAAACCUCUGGACCCGAACUCGGACGACGAGAAGAUCACGCAGCUGCUGCAGAAGCACAAACCGGGUCCGGGUCCGGGUCUGGGUCCGGGUCUGCUGCUGCACUCAGAGAACGACAGCUCCUAGACUCUUCUUCUUCUCUGGUGCUUCUUCUUCUUCUUCUUCUUCCGUUUCUGGAUCAAACGAACUCUCGGAGUCGCACAUUUUUGGUUUUUAUCUCUUUUUAGCUUUUUGCACGCGGACAGAGGACUUCCUGUCGGGACUAAAGUUGUAAAUAAACCGUGAACCGUGUCCGGUGUCCGGUGGAAGAGAUGCUGCUGUGAAUCGUUAACGUGUUUGUACAGACGCGCUGAUCUCAGAUCAGCUGAAACACUUUGAUUUACUUUUUGGAUUCACAAAAAAAGAAGAAUAUUUAACCUUCACGUAGUCCGUGAAGGCCUCUUCAAUCGGCCCUGAACGCACCACACGCACCUGUACAUCCGCUCACCUUUAUUUAUCUGUUGUAUGACGGCGGCUCGAUGUA